GUUACACCUUAGUCUAUGCCAUGGUGGGCAUGGAUGUGGGCUUUGAGAAUCCAUUGUUCGCCAGCAUCGAAUUGAGCUACGAGGAGGUGGACAAGGAUCCGCACGCCGAGCCGCCCCAAAAGAUGCUGACGUUGUAUGAGAUGGACCUGGGUCUGAACCAUGUCACCCGAAAGUUCGCUGAUGCUGUGGAUCAUAGUGCACAUGCUCUCAUUGCAGUGCCUGGUGGUGUGGACGGUCCCAGUGGGGUCUUGGUUUGCUGCGAGAACUGCUUGGUCUACAAGAAGCAGGGCCAUCCCGAUGUCGUCUGUGCCAUUCCAAGGCGGUUGGAGAUGGCACAGGAGAAAGGACUCCUGAUCGUGGCACAUGCCACGCACAAGCUGAAGGAUUUCUUCUUCUUCCUCAUUCAAAGUGAGUAUGGCGACUUGUACAAAGUGACUCUGACCCACGAUGAAGACUUAGUCUCAGAGGUCCAGGUCAAGUACUUCGACACCGUUCCUUUGUCCAACGCCCUUUGCGUCUUGAAGACGGGCUUCCUCUUCGCAGCGGCGGAGUUCGGCAAUCACGCGCUGUACCAAUUCCAGGGCAUCGGAACGGAUGAAGAGGAUCCCAUGUGCACCUCCUCCCAUCCUCACGGAGCACAGGCAUUGGUGGCGUUCAAGCCCCGAUCCCUGAAGAAUUUGAUGCUCUACGAUGAGAUGCCUUCGCUGUCGCCCAUCAUUGACAUGAAGGUUCUGGAUGCCACAGGCGAGGGCAAGCCGCAGCUCUACACCAUGUGUGGCCGCGGCCCCCGCGCCUCGCUCCGCGUCUUGCGCCACGGCCUGGCGGUCACCGAGAUGGCCGUCAGUGAGCUGCCGGGGAAGCCCAACGCGGUGUGGACGGUGAAGGCCGGGGAUCCACGUGCGAUGGGGCGAUGGGGAACUGGAGUGCUGGGCCGCCAGCUAUGCAAGACCAUUGGUCCACAGAGUGUUGGAAGUGGCCGCUCACGCGACAUUUUCCCUUUAGCAUUGCUUGACUCACGGGAGUGCAAGCCUCAUGACUGGAGCUGUCAAAGCUGGAAAAUUCUGCGCGAGUUUGUGAACGCAGCAAUUGGGGCAUUGAACUGGUGCUACGGUUGCCAGGUCAGCUGUCUUCAAAGUUCUCGGCGCACGGCUGCGCAGAGAGAUGUCUUGCAAAGAUUGGUCAGUCGCUGUGUUGACUUUUGCAACAGGCUACAAGCACCAGAUGCCGGUAGCUGGGAAAGCUUGACACCUGACUGGGUGCCACUACCCCAGCGCCCAGAAGGACCAAAGUAUGGUGGACUUUGUGCUGAAAAGGUUGACGUUCUGCCUCAGGCGGGCGUCUGCGAUCCCAUGCCAUGUUUGCCUCCUGCCGUGCAACAGCUUGUCAACUGCGAGCAAAAGAUGUUUGCAGACGCGCCAAAGGGCCUGGAAGUGUUCGAGGACGUAGCAGAUGCAGAGCGGCUUGAGUAUAUUAAGCUGGUGGUGAGGCAGCUGCGUGCCAAGCAAUUGGGUCUGACAACCAAACCUCGUGGUGGUGGCGCAGUAAUCGCAGUGGGAAAGCCUGGAGGCAAGCGGCAAAGGGUCGUGUGGCAUGGUCGCAGGGUGUCGGCUGCAGCAGUGCGACCACCCAAACCGCGGCACCUUGCUUCACCGACGGCAUUGACCUUUCUAGAGUGCAAGCAGGGGCGACAGAUUCGGUGCAGCAAACGUGAUGCGAGUUGUUGGUUUGACCAGCUGGCGUUGCCAGCCGACUUGGGUCGCUGGAUGGGCAGGCCUAGGGUCAGCCAGCGGGAAUUGUGUUCCAUCGGCGGCAUGACGGUCGAGGAGGUGCAGGCUUGUUUGUUGCCAGGGGACUUGUUGGAUGCUUCAGGCCUGUGUCCGGUGAGCCUCACAUGGCCCAUGGGAUUUGCAUGGAGCUCAUACAUUGCCCAGGAGUUUUUGUUGGAUGUUUGCAGAGCAGCUGACUUAGAUGAGUCAAGUAUCCUUUCUUGCGAAACGGCUACUCCAAUGUCUUUUGAGUUGGCUUUUGCAGCAGCAACAGACGACGUCAUGAUCUUCAGUGAUGCUGGCGAAGGAGGCACGCUGCAAGCAGCCCGCAAUUUGGACGCAGAGAUGCAAAAACGCGGAAUCAUCCGUAACACAGCCAAGGAUGUGAAUGAUGAGCUUGUUGCCACUUGCGUUGGUGUUGCGUUAGAACAGGGCACGCACCUGGGCGUCCCUUCAGCGCGCUGCUUGGCCAUGAUGGUCAGCGUCGUGCAUCUUUUGUCAUGCGCUGAAGCAUCGCCAAAACAGGUUCAACAGCAGCUUGGUGUGCAACAAUGGUUUGACUUGUUGCGACGGUGCAAACUAUCUGUGUACAACAAAGUGUAUGACUUCAUUCGGGACCCCCAUGACACGCGUCCACGACGCCUUCCCCAUGAGGCUUUGUUUGAGCUUGGCAUAGGCAUGUUGCUUGGAAUUUUUUGGCAAGUUGAUCUCAGGAAGCCAUUCUUGCCAUUGUUGUCUGCCACAGAUGCAAGCACCGAGUUUGGAUUUGGUGGCAGCAUUGCUCGUUUGCCGGCAGACAUGAUCCGCCGACUGGCUCGCAUCUCCGAGAAGCAGGGUGACUAUGUGGUUCUGGAUGGUGGCACUAGCACAAAACCAGCAAAGCGAUUGGGGCAAGCCCACCAACUUGGUCUGAGCUUAGAUGAUUUUGUGGACAUUUUCAGUGUGAAGAGCCGACAUUCAGCCCACAUCAAUGUGCUGGAGGGUGAAGCUUUCCUUUGGUGGCUACGCUGGAUUUUGCGGUGCCGGAGACGCCAUUGCUCUCAAGUAGUGGUGCUUGUUGACAGCUCGGUCUGGCUGGGCGCAGCGGCGAAAGGUAGAUCUUCGACGCGGCUCAACAGGCUUCUGCGAAAAGCUGCAGCUUUAGAGAUGUCUGGGGAUUUACAAGUUUAUCUGAUCCUUGUGCCUUCUGCUGAGAAUGCUUCGGACAAGCCUUCCAGAGGCAUCCGGUGUUCCGCAAAAUUUGCAUCAAAGCUUCAAAGCAACAGAUACGUUGUCCCAUGCAACUCGCCCAAAUAG